CAACAGCAAUGUCCGAACUAAGCAAGUGCUUCUACGAGGUAACCGCCGGCAAGACCUGCCGUGACCUUUGCCAUCCGGAGUACGCUACGUGUUGGAUUUCGUUCUUCGAAAGUGCUCGUCGUUUGCUACCGGGAAGCUUUAAGCUGUACAUCACCUAUCUUUUGGUUCCUCCACUGCUGAAAGGCGGUGGCUAUACGUGGAAAUAUUGGCAGGAACAGAUUGCUAGUUACGUGGGGGUUUCUUUCAAAACGUACCUGAUUGCAGUAAUUGGCCUAACCUUUCAAUGUGUGUUCUACAAGAUGUUUGGUAAGCUGAACUACUAUUGGGUUAUGGGAUUUCCUGGCUUCUUCAGCACGGCACUUACAAAACUGUCCAGUGUGCAUCUACGAUUACAAGGGAUUACCUAUUUCAAUAUGAUGUCGGAAGUAAUGCUGAAGAAAAGUCAAAUAGGACUGGUGAAAGUACUUCGCGAAUCGAAGCUCUGCGGUACGUUAUUGUUCAUGCUAUUCAACACCUGGAUCAUGGAGAUUUUGCAACAGGGUACCGUUAAUCAAUUUUGGGUUUUAAAUCCUGUCAAGGUGCGUCAACCAGAUCGGAACUCGAUCGACGAUAGUCGAGUACUGGGUACACUUUAUCCUAGUGGAUAUAAAGCAUGCUCCCACGAUAAGUCCUGCGACUCGUACAUUGCGCACGGAGUGCUCAAGUACUCCGCCGCUGGUUUCAUUAUCGAGGUUGCCGGAGUCGUGAUAACCAAAUUUCCCCAACUGUACAAAGACCCAUCAAAAUUUCUAACAGGUUUGCGCAAAGCUGUUACCCUAAAGCUGAUGUUAGGUCUAGCAGCCUACAAUGGCAUCUAUCGGCUGGUCAGAUGUCUGCUGUGUCGUCACUAUGGAAUGGAUCACCCUAUGCACAACAGAAUAGCAUCGUUUCUUUGUGGAGCAUCCUACCUUCUGUAUCCUACGUAUCAGGUGUUUACCCUGGCGUUUACCAAAUUUAUAGAGAUGUCUUGGGAGCACCUGUUCAAAACAGUCGACAAUCUACCGGAGUGGGCUUGGAAACUGAAACGAAUUCCAUAUCUUCGUAUCGUGCACAUGAUCGCAGUAGGCUACAUGUACCACACGUUGGUGUUCCAUUCCCAUCUAUCGCCUCCGUUCAACAGUAAAGCUAUUAACUACUGUUCGGAUAAUCGCGUUGAACGAUUGAAACGCCGGCUGGUCGGCUGGAUGCUCGAUCACGAAUGGUCGAAAGCUUAACUUCUUCAAUCGGGCAUUUGAAUACGCAUAAAUAAAGAACCGAAAUAAAUGUUGUACUAAA